UUAACUAGAUUAUUUGGAAUGUUUUUAUUGUAACUAUAUAAAAAGAUUUAUAAGAAUCAUUUUUAUAAUCAAGAAACGAAGACACGUCUCAUUAUUUACACUUUUCAAGUGAACUUACUCCUACAUUCGCCUUCUGGUGUAGACAGUCAGGUAGCUUUAGGAGUUAUAGCAAAGGUUGGCGUGAAUGUUGCUAUGAAACUUUUUAGUAAUAUUUGGAAAGGAGAUGUUGUGAGAGGUUGGAAAUGUGCCGUAGAAAAUAGAUCCACAAAAACGCUUUAUGAUUUAGGAACAACACCAGUUUCAGGACAUUUGGCUACAGUCUUACCCGAUAUUCCUCCACGAAGUACGGGUAUGUUUGUGUGGUCAAAGUCUAGAGGAGCUGCAAGAGGGGCAAUAGGCGUUGUUCAUUAUCAAUAUGGAAACAAAGUUCUCAACAUAAUGGCAUCCAUUCCUUACGACUGGAAUUUAUACGGAGCUUGGGCUAAUGCACGUGUAUCGUACCAAAGAGAAACUUUUUCAAAUUUGUAUUACGGAAGAAAGGGUACUAAAUAUCCUACUAGAGACGGGAAUUGGGGUAAAGUUGAUGGAACAAAGUUUUUUUUAACUGAAAAAAGCCAUGCUAAGUUUAAAGUAAUUUUUUCAGGAUAAGAUGAUUUAAAAGUUUUUUUUUUAUUAUUAAAUACGAAAUAUUAAAUGUAAUUGUAUAUACUUAUAUAAUAUUAAUACAAAAUUAACGCUUGUCUAAAAAAGUAU